AUGCCCGAGCUGUUCAGUUCAAUGCCUUCCAGUCCACAGAUCCAUGUGCAAUAUCUCGCCCCAGGACAUGAACUCAUCACCCCAGAACAAUUUCACGCAUCAAACCCAGAGAACAUUACGGGCAUGCUCGCGAAAAUGUCACCAACGAUAGCAGUAAAAUGGGGGCACCAUGCUUCUCUCAUCGAAGCUAAGAAUAUGCUGUAUGUGGCUGAGAAUACAUCAAUUCCCGUCCCAAAGCUAUAUGCAGCAUAUGCAUACGGACCUAUAGACCGAGACCUUAAUGACCAUGCAACCGUCUACGAUGUAUACAUCUUUAUGGAGUUUAUCGAAGGCGAAGACUUGAGAAAGUCAUGGGAUAAACGCACCUCUACUGAGAAGCAAGCGAUCUCGGCGGACCUUAAGAAGCACAUGGACGAGCUGCGCUCUCUUCCGCCAGCCCCCUACAUCGGAUCUGUGGACGAAGGACCAGUCACUGAUAAUAUGUUAGAAUGGUCAACAUCUUGUCGCGGUCCGUUCAAAAAUGUAGGAGACUUCAAUACUACAAUCAUAGACGCCUUUAUCGCCAAGUCCAAAGGCCAGGUUGGCCCUUACAUUCGUGGCAUGGUCAAUGCACAUAAGCAUGGUAUUGUCUUCACUCAUGGGGAUCUCAGACCUGACAACAUCAUCGUCAAGGAUGGUCGUGUGGCUGCAGUCAUCGACUGGGAGAUGUCAGGGUGGUACCCGGAAUAUUGGGAGUUCGCCAAGGCAUUCUACAUCGAGUGGUUUGUCAAUGAUUGGGGAUCUUGA